UCUAUCCACAGCUCUGCUCUCCCUGCCUCUUAACAUCCAUGCUUUUCUCUCUAUACAGGUAUUCCUUCCAAGACGAGGAGGACAUGUUUAUGGUGGUGGAUCUGCUUCUGGGUGGAGACCUGCGCUAUCACCUCCAGCAGAACGUGCACUUCUCAGAGAGCACCGUGAAGCUCUACAUCUGUGAAUUAGCCCUGGCGCUGGGAUACCUGCGCAGCAAGCGCAUCAUUCACAGAGACAUUAAGCCUGACAACAUUCUGCUGGAUGAGCAUGGGCACGUACACCUCACGGAUUUCAACAUUGCAGCCAUUGUAAAGGAAGACCUGAAAGCAACAUCCAUUGCUGGAACCAAACCUUAUAUGGCUCCAGAACUUUUCCAGAGCUUCGAAGGCGCUCACCCUGGAUACUCCUUUGCUGUGGACUGGUGGUCUCUGGGGAUAACAGCCUAUGAACUGCUAAGAGGACAGAGACCAUAUGUGAUGAAAUCCAAUACGCCAGCUAAUGAGAUUCUUCAAACUUUCCACAAAGUUCAUCCCAGUUACCCAGCAGCCUGGUCUUUGGAAAUGAAGUCUCUUCUCAGAAAGUUGCUUUGCAUCGACGUCCAGAAGCGCGUCUCCUGUCUGGCAGAGCUGCAGGAUCUGGACCACAUGUCAGAUGUGAACUGGGACGCUGUGCACGACAAACAAGUUCCUCCAGGCUUUAUCCCCAAUAGGCGAAGGUUAAACUGUGACCCAACAUUCGAGCUGGAGGAAAUGAUCCUGGAGUCCAAACCGCUUCACAAGAAGAAGAAAAGGCUUGCUCGAAAGACCAGAGAGCAGGGAUCUGACGGGUCUCCACAGAACGGGCAGCUGCAGCAGCGCUUGGACAACGUCCAGAGAGACUUCAUAGUCUUCAACAGAGAAAAGUCAAGAAAAGCAGCGGUGGACUCUUCAGAGCUGUCCAUGACUGAGAAGAACAAGGCAAUAGAAGAUGGACAAAACAAUAAUGUUGAGCCAACCCCCUUUUUAUCAGGAUAGGCCAUAUAAUCUCUGAUCCUCUCCUCACUGCUUGCACCCGCUAAAGCUACACUUCUAGCAGCACACGCACUCACAGCUCCCAACACAGAAGCACUACACCGAAUGCACGUCUGCAACCCGUUCACCGACACAAGUCCUGCUGUCAAGAAACCCAGAGCGGCUGGAUUGAAACGGACUCCUCGAGCAGCAGCCAUGUCAGACUCUUCCCUUCGCUGUCACCAAAAAAAAAAAAAAAAAAAA